AGCAGAAACGUGGACUAUAUUACGUCGGGGAAGCUUAGAGGAUUGAUGAAUCCGGGAUGUGGCGCUGGAGGCGUAUGUUGCGGACACCCUCGGACUCCUGAAGACAAAAAUGCGUCGAGACCUUGGAGAUACUGUUACGCCUGUAAGAUUAACGCCAUCUAUCGCCGAAUAGCAGAAACAAAUAUCAAAGAAACUAGUAACAUCGAGAACGCUCGAGAAGUACAACGCCAUCUAUUGUCAGAUAGCGGAAACACACGUCGAAGUUACUCGACUAGCGCAGAAUGUUCUCGAUAAGUUUAGGGAUGUUGUAUCAACUAUUGCAUUACGUUGCAGAGAUGACAUGAAGUCAGCUAUUAAUCGGAACUUCUCGAAGCGAAAUAGCGAACGGAUCACCUGAAGCGAAGCGGAAGAAGAAGGAAUUACGAGUUGUAAAGUGUUGGUUAAAUGUUCUAAGUGUUAAUACAGCUCCAAUUUAUACCUCGGUAGAACUUUUAUUUAUCCCGAACCCCAGCAUGUAACAUUACUUUUAAGUCUUCAUAAAUAAAUAAAGAAAAUAUUAUAAAAUAAAAUUCUGCAUCCACGAGUACGCACCUGCAUACUUCAAUAACCACGUCUAAGAUAUAAAAUAGAAUUAUUAAAUCCACGCUUUAUUCGUAACCAACAUGUCGUUGAAAACGCUAGUCUUCUGUGUUUGCGUUACUUUAGCUUCGGCGGCGAUACAGCGCUCUGCUUUGGAGCCAAUCCCUGAUAAAUUUAGUGGCCUUCAAGGCUGUUACAUCAGGGAGUUCGAUGGUGUCCUUCCCUUUGAUUCUGUAACAUACUCGAAGGAAGCUGAAUGCACCCGAUACUUCUGCGCGCACGAUGCUGUCAUACACCAAUCGUGUAAAGAUGAGCUGAGCACAGACACCCCUGUAUGUACCUUUACCAAAACAGAAGAAAAACGUGACACAAUCUGCAUUCUUUGAACAAAGCCGUGUUAAAACAAUGACCAAGUACACAGGAAGAAAUUUCAAACAUUUAUCAUAUAUAUAUAUAUCAUGGAUAGUAUUUAAUAGAUAGUAAUUCUGAAAACUAAAUUUGAUAAUUGAAAUAAUAUUAAUAUAUAAAUAUUAUAAGAA